AUGUGUAUCUCUAGCGCGUCUGUUUGCACAGAACACACAAGAAGAAAACACGAAUAUAAAGAACAGCAGAUAUGCUCAGCCAAUCGUAGCAACAAAGGCUACUCGAGAGCUUACACACUCUGGUUCCAACCCAGUCAUCUACAAGUUAUUCGAUCUUUGCACUUUGAACAAGAAAUUUAG